AUGUCGUCAGAGGCUCCUCACGCCAAUCCCGGGGCGGCGGGGGCGGCGGGGGUGGGGAAAGAAGGCAGAUAUUGCUUUUCGAAGUGUUCUGUAGGUAACCUAGGCAAGAAAACCAGCAGGCAGCGGGCGCAGUGGGAGCAGAGGCGGCGGGCGGCUGCGCCCCCACAAAGGCGCGUCUCUGGCCGAGGCUGGCGGCGGGGCGCCGCGGGCAAAGCUGAGGCUUUGACCUGGGCGCACGCUGGAAAUGCCCGCCUCAUCGUCGCUGGAUAUACCCACCACGUUACCCAGGCUGGGGCCAUCUGGGCAGGGACACCAGCCUCGGCGAAGACCUUGGGCGACUUCAAAGCGCAGGCACCUCGAUUCCCCGAAUCUAUGUUGUGUGGCGGGUAUCGGUGUUCCCCUGGUUUAACUAGCCUGUUUGAAGGCGCAGAUCCUUCUUGGGGAAGUCUCACUGAAACCAGGUCUCCCUGCUCUCCCAGGGGCUUCGGUUUUCCCAGUCUGCCUCUGCUUGUGACUCCAGAAAGACAAACUUCCGAUUGGCCAAGAGAAUCCACACUUCUUGGUUUCCACUGGGCCCAAUGUAAAUGCCAUCUCCUCCAGGAAGCUUUUCCAGCUACCGGGACCUGGCCGGACAGCCGAGGGCCGGGUGGCAUCGGAGGGCGCUUCCGGAGUUCAGGCCGCAGCCUCAGGGGUGUCACGGCGCGGGGCCGCACGCAGUGGAGACCUGCUCGGCUCCGGGGCUUUUCGCCCCCGGCAGGCAGGAAGGGGUUAACGGAGCCCCUCCCCCGCCCGCGCCAGAGUCCCCCGCGCUUUCCUCCCGAGGUCUCAUUAGGGAACCCUCCCCGCUAUUUUCAACAUUUCCUCAAUCAAGGCCCUUUAAAUAGAGCUGCGCAAACAAAUUGGCGGCAAAAGCGUAGAUCUUGUCACGAUUGAGACCAAUCCAAUAUUUCAGCCUUGUUUGCUUUGCAAUUACGGGUAGGCUUGUGGCUGCGAUGCCACCGGGGCAAAUCUGCCGCCGCCCGCUUUCUCUAUGGACCUGGCGGUGGAGGAAAGAUCCUCGGAGCCGCCGCGGGGAGGUGGGGGGGCGUCGCGGCCGGGAACGGGGAGGAGAGAGCGGGCGGGGAGGGGACCCGGGCGGCCGAGGCUUUCCAGCCCCCGGUGCCAGGAGCGCGGAGCCUAGUUAAAGGGCUUCAUCCUGGCCAGCGGCCGGCGUGCCCACAGUAGUGAUACACUGUGCGGUGCUCAUGUGGAGCCCUUGGUGUACCUCUCCCCAGCUUCCUUUCUUCCCUUUUCCACCCAAUGAUGCCCUUUCUCUCCAGUAUUGGUUAGCCAUUCCCGGAUUCUCUCUCUGUCUCGCUCUCUCUGUCUCUCUCUCUCGAUGUUAAACCUGUUAGCACGCUGUUCUGUUUUCUGUGGCUGCUUACUCUUGUUUGACGUUUUGUACAAAGUCACUUCAAAUCGGCUGCAGGAGGAAUAAAACUCCAAGCCCUUGGGCUGGGCUCCCUCGGGUGUGCCGCUCCAGUCCUCCAGUAACCCGCGGGCCACCUUCGCAAGUGGCAGCGCCCGGCGAGUUCGGCCACCACAGGCCAGCCUCGUUGGAGUCGGCAGAACAGUAGUUAACUUGAAUAAGGUCCUAAGUCUUAUAUUUCACAGACAAUUAAAUCUUGGCUGCUGUUUAACAAAAUUGUAAUAUUUACUGUGCUCCAUACCGAGGAGCACUUUUAAAGUCGAAAACAAAUACUACAUUUUAAAAAGAAAAAUAUGAUAAUAAAUCUCUUUUUAUGGAUUCUCUCUGCAUAAGAGGGAAACAACAUGAUUUAACUCCUCGACACCCCCACCUCCUUUCAGGCGCAGCUGAAGUUACACAGUUACCGUCUUUUAACCCACAUUCUCUGUGUCUGGUGGGGGGGGGAGGCACCUGCAUUUGUUACGUUCCAGUUUCCAAGAUUUCACACCCCACCCUGACCCUUGUAACUGAAUGCAACAAGGAUUAUAAUAUAAUUAGGUCUGGGAUGUGAGGCCCAUUUCCAUGUGGAUUCAAAAAACGUGGGCAUGAUGGGCAAUUAAUUUAUAGUUUCAUAUUACUUUAUAAAUGACUGCCCAUUUUCUUCUCAUGUCCAGGUGGGACGGUUGAGGCAGAGAAAUAUUUUUAAAAGUCUCUGGGGUAUAUAUUAAAAUAUGCUUCUUUAUUAUUCAAAAAUGAAUAAGGUGUGGACCUACGUUUGUUUGCUGGUGGUUAUAAAAGAAAUGCCUAGCUGUUCUUGCCAAGUAGCAAUCUCUUUUAUGCUUUAUUUAUUUAUUUAUUUAUUGGUUUAUAAUCCCACCUUCGCUCUUCUGGAUUGUCCUCCUGUUGUCAUGUUUUGGUUCUCAAUUUUACUUAAAGAAAACCCCAGAAGUGGUGGUUUCCUAAAAUUGUGUGAUGACAAAGCCACAGAAUAAUAUUUCAGAUCCAUGAGUCAUGCACAACCAUGCGUAUUGCUCAUGCAGUUUCCUAGCCGAUUGCUAUAGUAUUUCUACAAGAAUAGAAAGCAGUAGCUAGAAAGGGUACCAUUUCGUAAGAAUUCUCUCUUCACCCAAAUAAUUAGUCUGACGUAUUAUUCAAUGCAGAAAUUGUAUUACUUUCAUGUGUGUUAAUCUGUUUAGUAUUAAAACUGCUAGAAUGUUUUAACCAUUAACAUGUUUUGCCACACCACUUUCAAAUGCGUGAUCUCAGAUAAUUACGAAGAUUUUGAUGUUAAUCCCAUGUUAAGUGAACAACUAUGAAAAUACCCUGAAAGCAUUAUUAUGCUUAUAUAAAUGCCAGCAAACACAAUUGUACAAAGAACACAGAUUUCUUUUUAUCUGACAUUAUCCUAUAGGGAUAUGCAUUCAUUUCUUUCAAAAUUAGAGCAGUUUUCUAUUACUUUUUAACAGAUUUUUUUCCAACACAGCAUUUUGCCAUGACUAUAAACCACAACAACUUUGUUACUGACAGAUAGAUAUUUUUCUUUCAUUGUUAUUCAUUAGCUUCUUUGCAAACUCACUAAAAUAGAAUAAUAUACAAAAAUAUCAAAAUAAAGAGAAUAACUAUUAGGGUCUACAUAUUUAUUUAGGUAGGCUAAUGUUAUUAAAAUUAAAAACAUGUGCCUGGCAUAUAAAUGUUACUUAAAGAAUUCUUUUUUGGAUGCAGAGUUAUUAUUUAAACCAACUCAGAAUUUUCAAGUACUGAUUUUUCCCUCUAAACAGGCAUUGCAUUGUUUUAAACAGUAGCUCCUGGAACCACCCUUAGUAUUUUAGACUUCCAAACAACAAUUGCAAUUGAAUAAAUACCUUCAGCUGGGAGCACUUCCCUAAUACCUUUGCAGGAAAUAAGAGUCCCUGCUUCUACUGGGUGACAAAGAGGCAGUGCACUUGUGCAAGGGCAGAACUUACCAAAAAAUGGAGUUUUCCUUUAAGAUUGCUAUGGUCCAUCUAAAAAAAAAUAGUGAAGAUGUGAAAUCAGAGAAAAUGAGUAAGUGCUUUUUUCUCGUUACAGUUGUGAAACGAUGGCUUAAGGAGGGAUGCAAAAUAAGAGCCAGGAGGCAUGCAGUAACAUAAAAUCUGAAAAAGAAAGUUUUCUCAAGCAGGCUCUGGCUCUUGGUCUAUAAAUAGGAGAGGGAUGUAUUGGAUCUGCAUAACCCAUUUUCUUUUCUUUUUUCAUUUUUUUUUCAAUUCAGUGACUCCCCCCCCCCCUUCUUUUCUUUUUCUUUUUUUCUGCACUCAUUGCCAUUCAGGGAACAGAAGUUCCUCGGCCAGGGAUCGAACCCAUGCUAUGGCUGUAACCAGAGCCACAGCAGUGACAUGCCAGAUCCUUAACCUGCCGAGCCACGAGUAAUUUUUAAAAGAGAUUUUUCACUGGGUGAGGAAGCCCUAUCAAGGAAAUAUAUGUGAAUUCUGACAUAUGGAGAAAAACUAGCUACCUUGAUUUUUAAUAUUUGAUUAAAAUAUUAAGCCACUAUACUAUUGUUCUUUCUAAAUGAAGGCAUGUUGUCACAACUGGUGUCAAAAAGCAUUGGUUUCACCCCCCCCCAAAAUUGUUGUUAAAGUAAUAAAGUUAUAUCCAUGAAAUGAUUUCCAUGAAUCCCAACUUGCUGCAAAAAGGUGAAAAAAACUUUUCUGGAAGAAAGCAGGCAACUUUGUUAUUGGUCUGGGAUAAAUAAAGCAAGAAACUGCCUCUUAUAUUCAUAGUAAUUCAUUCUGCUUUUUCAAACAUUGUUCUUGUUAUCUUGUGCUAUUCAAGUAAUGCUGGUGUCAGCAAUAAAAAAAUCAAAGAAUUGAAUCAAGUGACUAUUUUUGCUUUAUUGCAAAUAUAAAUUAUAUAUGGGCUACUGAAGUGCUUUGUUCAUUGAAUGCUGAAUUUUUCACUUUUCAGAUAGAGCGAUAUUUAAUGAAGUGUUUAUAAGGAUAAAUAUGAUGGUUCAUCAAGGAUAAAAUAGCCAUGUUAAGAAAGUGGCAUUUCAGUCCAUGUGGUGUGGGCUGUGCUUUGUAAAUUAUAGCACUUUUAAAAUCACAAUCUAGGUAUUCAUAAAGAGGACAUCCAAGAAGAGAACUCAGGAUUCCUCAACAUUUAUGGGCAAGAACUAUCUGAAUAUGUGGAAAUAAUGGAUGACACCCUGAGUUUUUCUCAUUGCCUUGGUUGCUAGGAGUUUUAACUGAUAAUCUUAGAUACAUCUGAGCAAACAGUAAGCCAGAUACAUUUGAUUGUAUUAUUGUUUAUACACUGCUUCAUGGUAGAAAUAAUUUCAAGCAGUUUUUUCAAGGAUUGGUAAGAUACAUUUUUCAAAAUCUGUUUGUAGAAAUAAUUCCAGUAAAUAUAAUUGUAACUUAUAUUGUUUAUUAUGAGAUUAAUGAGUCGCUCUGGUAAAUAUUUGAUCCCAAGAUGAAGCAAAAUCACAUUUAGAAUGAGACAAAUUUUAGAAGUUAAUUCUGAGUACAUUGUACAGAAAUCUUAGUACAUAGAAAUAAAGUUAUUAUUAUUGUGCAUGUAAAGUAGCAUACAUAAUUAAGAGGAAGUUUCAAGUCAGAUGCACAAUUUUGAAUCUUGACUAGAGCAACUAUCAGCAUGGGAUCUUGAGAAAAUUACUUAAGCAUCCUUAGCUUCACUUACCACAUCUGGACAAGGUGGAUAAUAACUGUAGAGGCUGUCACAGUGUCAUGAUGACCAUGUGGUGAGGUGAUUCACAACGAGGCCCUUAGCUGAGGGUCUGACAUAGAGUGCGUGCUUAAUAAACACUAGCUCUUCUCUUUGGCAUAGCAGUACAACAAUAAAGAGUGAUAGAGAUACCUGCUGGAUAUCUUCCCGAGAGUCACGGAAUGUUGGGGUGUUGACAACCCAUGGGCUUCGUAGAGAUUUGAAUGAGGAGUCUACAGUGGCUUCCAGACCACCAGCUUGACAGGAUGAAGGCAAAGUCUUUAGAGGCUCUAGAAAGUAUAGGGACAUGGUAUUAGUGAGAGCAACCUGCCAAACUGACAGAGAAAAUCCACCCUCAUGCCCUUAUGUCCAUGUGUGGUGGUCUGUUGGUGUCUAGCACAAAAGUCUAAACUGGGGAAAACAACACCUUAAAGAACUAGGAUACCCUAGGUCGAUGGUCUCAUUAUUUUAAUUGUGUACCCCAAUAGUAACACAUUUAAAGUAUAUUUAUUGGAAAGUUAUAUAUCCACACUACUUUGCUGAUAAACCUGUGCAAAACCUAAAUUUAAAAAGUUUGGGAUAAGAGUUCCCAUCGUGGCUCAGCAGGUUAAGGACCUGACAUUGUCUUCUGGAGGAUGCGGGUCCUAUCCCUGGCCUUGAUCAGUGGAUAAAAGAUCGAGUGUUGCCACAGGCUGUGGCAUAGAUCGCAGAUGUAGCUCCAAUUCGACCCCUAGCCUAGGAAGUUCCAUAUGGCACAGAUGUGGCCCUAAAAAGAAAAAAAAAAUGAGAUAAAAAAUUAAACCAUAGAUUUAAAUAGUUUAAGGUGAGAUUCAGCCUUGUCAGUAGUGGAUGCUAAACUACAUUUUAAAUAGUCUCAACUCAUUUAAGGAUGCUUUGAUUGACUGACUGUUGGAUUCAUGUUGUCUGCCUUUCUGCCUUGUUUUGUGGCUUUAGGACUACAGUAUUUAUCUUAGAGGGAGAACAGUAUCAAUUCUGUCAUUUUCUCGCUGAAACCUGUAUUUUUUGAAUUAUCUUCAAUCUAAGGCUUGUUGCAGGAAUCUUUUAAAGCCCUUUGUCUGUUUGGUGAAGGCUAGUUGAGUUAAAAUUAAAUUACAUAAUCUGCUUCCACCUAACUGAGCCAGAUAAACCCUAACACAUCUCAGUCCAUGUGAGUUUGUGAGCGUGUCACCAAGUCCAAAAUCUAUUGCUCGCUGCAGGACAGGCCAAUAAAUCGAAAGAUGAGUUGCUGUGGCAAGGAAUGGCCAUUUUAUUCAGAAAGCAAGCAGACUGAGAAGAUGGUGGACUAGUGUCCCAAAGAACCAUCUUACCUGAGUUAGAAUUCGGGCUUAUACAAAAAGGGGAGGGAGAUGUGGCUGGUUGUUGCAAACUUCUUGGUGCUAGAAUCCUUUGUUCUUUCAGCUUUCCUGUCUUGUAGAUCUGGCUACAGUGUUCCUUUAAACCUUCAAAUAGAAAAAUGUUAUUUUCUGUUCUGCAAUAUCUCUGCAGGAAUGGAAAAGUGUUCUAUCUUUGAAGGUCAGAGCACUGAGAAUCAGCUAUCAGGUAUAUUUCAGUCUAUAGGUAACAUUCUUUUAGUGAUUAACCUAUAGCAAAACCAAUAGAAUACAAACUUUAAAGUAAAAGAAACAGAUGCAAUAUGGGGUCAGAUUUGUUCUUCCUUAUCAUUGAGGGGGAACUCCCAGCUCCUCUGCCCUUGAAAUCUCCUUCACCCCUGGGUGCCUGGGGCAACUGUUGAUGAGGACCAAGUGAGGCUGUUGGUGAAUUCAUUUCUGGCUGUUUACAUAAACAAAUGCAAAGAGAAUUUGUAGUAUGGUCUUCUUGAACCCCAUUCUCUGGGCCAUCACUGUCCUAGACUCAGAAAUCUCUGUGGCUCCUGCCAUUUCUCUACUUUGACAUUCCAUGGCAGAAUGAAUGGGACCUUUCAGGAUCCUGGACUUUAUUUUCUAUAACUCCCCUUGUUUUACCUGCCAUGUAGUUGUGUAGCUCUUUACUGUUUACAAGUUGCUUUCACAUAUUUCUUUCAAUUGAACUUGGCAGCUCUGGAGGACAGGUAAAGCAGGUCUGAGUCUGUCCAUUCUAAAGAUGUAAGAGUGACAUUGAUUGGAGACGUGAAAUAAUGGCCCACAUUCACACAGUCAUAGGUGGCAGAGCUGGGUUUGUGCUUGUCUUCUGAAAGCAGUUAUGCCAUUUCUGUUCCAUCAUCUUAACUGAUUUUUAAGCUAUGUUCAUAUUUAUCUAAACUGAGGGGAGAGAGAGCUAUAAAACUGAAUGGAAGCAGUGGUUCUCAGAGGUGUUGGGAAUGGAUUGAGAGGAAGCCUGUAGGUUAGAAUAAAUGAGGCUCAAACGGAGUGAUGUGGAGGAAGGGACUCAGCAUUCAUUAAACAGCUCUUUACACAUACUAUUCCUUUAAUACAGUGUCUUACUUGGAGGAGUAGUUUUUAGAUAUCAGGAAACUGAGCUUCAGAGAUGUUAAGGAACUUGUCUAAAGUGCACAGCUUUUAAGUUGUAGAGUUUAAAGAGAGCAGAUAUUGUUUUGAGAUAUACAUACAUGUACACAUAUAUAUGUACUAUAUGUAGUUAUAUAACAAUAAGCCAUAUUUAUCUGUAUACAUAGUUUUGAGAUAUAUAUAUAUAUAGGGAUAUAUAGGAAUGUGCAUAUUUAUUUGAUCUCUGAGUAAUGUUAAAAAUAAUAAAGUUUGUUAAAUUUGAAAAUCUUGCUAGCAAUUUUUGUCUUAAACUGGAUCUCUGGCUUUAGCUAAAAAUAAACCAUGACAACAGCACAUGCCAAUGAGAAUGCAGAGAAACUGUAUCACUCGUGUGAUACUGCUGGGAAGAAAAAUGGGGCAGCUGGUCUGGAAUACAGUUUGGCAGCUUUCUUUCUUUCUUUCUUUCUUUCUUUCUCUCUCUUUUUUUUUUUUUUGUCUU